UGUACUUCAUUGUUGUUUCUGGGUUUGGUUUUCACGCUCUCCUUCGUGGCUUCUGGUAUGGUGGCCUCAAAUGAAGUUGGGGCACUUAUAACUUUCAAAGAAGCUGUAUAUGAAGAUCCACAUCUGGUUUUGUCCAAUUGGAAUACUUUGGAUUCAGAUCCUUGUGACUGGAAUGGCGUUUCAUGCACUGCGGCUGGAGAUCAUGUCAUCAAGCUAAACAUAUCGGGGUCACUAUUAAGGGGGUUUCUUGCUCCAGAAUUUGGGCAAAUCACCUACUUGCAAGAACUGAUCUUGCAUGGAAACAAUCUCAUUGGAAUAAUACCGAAAGAAUUGGGCAUGUUAAAAUCUCUUACGGUGUUGGAUUUGGGAAUGAAUCAGUUAUCAGGACCAAUUCCUCCAGAAAUUGGGAAUUUGACCCAAGUUGUAAAAAUAAACUUGCAGUCCAAUGGGUUGACUGGUAGGCUACCUCCAGAACUAGGAAAUUUGAAGUACCUUCAAGAACUUCGGCUUGAUAGAAAUAAGCUUCAAGGACCUGUUCCUGCUGGUGGUAGUUCAAAUUUUUCUUCGAAUAUGCAUGGGAUGUAUGCCUCAAAUAUGAACUUAAUUGGCUUCUGUCGUUCAUCCCAGUUAAAAGUUGCUGAUUUUUCAUAUAACUUUUUUGUUGGUAGCAUACCCAAAUGCUUGGACUAUCUUCCAAGAUCAAGCUUUCAAGGGAAUUGCCUCCAGAUCAAAGACAUAAAACAGCGCACUUCUGUGCAAUGUGCUGGUGCUUCACCUGCCCAGAGCCAUCCAUCAGUGAACCCAAAGUACCAAUCUGCUGCUGAUCAUGUGUCCAAGCAUCAUGGAGCAUCAAAACCUGCUUGGCUUUUGGCUCUAGAAAUAGUAACGGGAACCAUGGUUGGUUCUCUCUUUUUGAUUGCUAUUCUCACUGCUUUCCAGAGGUUUAACAACAGAUCAUCUAUCAUUAUUCCUUGGAAAAAAUCUGCAAGCGAGAAAGAUCAUAUGACAGUAUAUAUAGACUCUGAGAUGCUGAAGGACGUGACUAGAUAUAACAGACAAGAGCUUGAAGUGGCAUGUGAAGACUUCAGCAACAUAAUUGGGUCUUCACCAGAUAGUGUGGUCUAUAAGGGUACCAUGAAAGGUGGGCCUGAGAUUGCUGUAAUUUCCCUCUGCAUCAAGGAAGAGCAUUGGACAGGAUACCUGGAGCUCUAUUUUCAGAGAGAGGUAGCAGAAUUGGCAAGGUUAAUUCAUGAUAAUACUGGAAAACUACUAGGCUAUUGUAGAGAGGACACUCCAUUUACAAGGAUGCUCGUUUUUGAGUAUGCAUCAAAUGGGACACUUUAUGACCACCUACAUUGUUAUGGAGAAGGGUGCCAGCUGUCUUGGACACGGCGCAUGAAAAUUAUUUUAGGCAUUGCACGUGGACUCAAGUAUUUGCACACCGAAGUUGAGCCGCCAUUCACUAUCUCAGAGUUGAAUUCCAAUGCCGUAUACCUCACAGAAGAUUUUUCCCCUAAGCUGGUUGAUUUUGAAAGUUGGAAGACAAUUAUUGAAAGAUCAGAAAAAAAUUCUGGUUCUGUUAGCAGCCAAGGUUCUGUUUGUGUUCUUCCAAACUCCCUUGAGGCACGCCAUCUUGAUACCAAAGGAAACGUUUAUGCUUUUGCAGUACUUCUACUGGAGAUAAUCAGUGGGAGACCUCCAUACUGCAAGGAGAAAGGGUACUUGGUGGAUUGGGCCAUGGACUAUCUUGAAAUGCCAGAAGUAAUGUCAUAUUUGGUGGAUCCUGAGUUGAAACAUUUUAGAUAUGAUGACCUCAAAGUAAUAUGUGAGGUAAUAACACUUUGUAUCAGUCCUGAUCCCACUGUGCGUCCAUCAAUGCGAGAAUUAUGCAGCAUGCUUGAGAGCAGAAUUGACACAUCAAUAAGCGUGGAGCUCAAGGCAUCAUCUCUGGCUUGGGCUGAGCUAGCACUUUCAUCAUAAUUGAGUCAAUACUCAAAAGUCAAAACUAACACAAUAUAUAUACACUGAAGCAGACCUAUAACCAAUAAUACUUUUCUGAUUACUUACUUUUCUUUUCUUUUCUUUCUCUUUCACUUUUUUCUCUUUAAUUUUAUUUCU